CUAAUUUUGGUAUUAUUCAUAGAAGAAAAUAUAUUAAUUUAUUAUUUAGGGUAAAAAAUCCUCGUGAUUUGCAUUUGAAUCCAGCCUUGAUGGCUUUUGCACUACGAUUGCGGCAUCUAAAAAGCAACAAAUAUUCUCUCAAUAGUUUUAGAGAGGUGGUAAGGUUUUCGUUGAGAGAAAGAAACUGUCCUGUUCGAGCAAUGUCAGUACGAAUUGAAACAGACACAUUUGGGGAGAUUGAGGUUCCAUCUGAGAAAUAUUAUGGAGCUCAAACAGCAAGAUCUAUAAAGAACUUUCCAAUUGGAGAUCCACAGUAUGAGAGAAUGCCUAUUCCAGUUAUCCGAGCAUUUGGUUACCUCAAAAAAGCUGCAGCAUUGGUCAAUAAGGAAUAUGGUAUGGACGCCAGUGUUGCUGAACAUAUUAUGGAAGCAGCUGAUGAGGUGAUCUCAGGUAAACUGGAUGAUCAUUUUCCUCUGGUAGUCUGGCAAACUGGUUCCGGAACUCAAUCAAACAUGAAUGUGAAUGAAGUAAUCAGUAAUCGGGCAAUAGAGAUGAUGAAUGGUGAGAUGGGGAGCAAGACUCCAGUCCAUCCUAAUGACCAUGUUAAUAAAAGUCAGAGCUCCAAUGAUACCUUCCCAACAGCCAUGCAUAUUGCAGCAGCAAUUGAAGUUCAUGAGAGACUUUUACCAGGACUUGAUAAAAUACAUGAAGCUCUUGAAAAAAAAGCUGAAGAAUUUAAAGAUAUUGUGAAGAUUGGACGAACGCAUACCCAGGAUGCAACGCCACUUACACUGGGUCAAGAGUUCUCUGGUUAUGCAACUCAGUUGAAGUAUGGAAAACAAAGAGUUCUCAACACUUUACCAAGAGUUUUUGAGCUUGCUAUUGGUGGAACUGCCGUUGGAACUGGACUUAAUACAAAAAUUGGUUUUGCUGAGAAAAUGUCAGCUACAAUUGCAGAGUUAACAUCACUCUCGUUUACCAGUGCUCCAAAUAAGUUUGAAGCAUUAGCUGCCCACGACGCAAUGGUUGAAUUACACGGAGCUCUGAACGUGAUCGCGUGUAGUCUGAUGAAGAUUGCUAAUGAUAUUCGUUUUCUUGGCUCUGGUCCGCGAUGUGGUCUGGGCGAGUUGUCUUUACCUGAGAAUGAACCGGGAAGUAGCAUCAUGCCUGGUAAAGUAAAUCCAACACAGUGCGAGGCGAUCACAAUGGUUGCUGCUCAAGUCAUGGGUAAUCAAGUAGCAGUCAGCGUUGGAGGUAGCAACGGUCAUUUCGAAUUAAAUGUCUUUAAACCAAUCAUCAUACGCAACGUCUUGCAGUCGACACGUCUCCUAGGCGACGCCUGCUCAGCCUUCACAGACAACUGUGUGAAUGGUAUUGUUGCCAACCGUGAGAAGAUUGAUCAACUCCUUCAUGAGUCUCUCAUGUUAGUAACGGCGUUAAACCCAUACAUUGGUUAUGAUAAAGCAGCGAAGAUUGCAAAGAAGGCACACAAGGAUGGCACCACGCUUAAGCAAGCUGCUGUCGCAUUGCAGUAUUUGACAUCUGAGGAAUUUGACUCUUAUGUAAAACCAGAAGAAAUGUUAGGACCGAAAUAGAUACGUUAUUCCAAAAAUGUAAAAUGUGCACAAACGAUGUGAACAUUCCGUUGUGACUUUGUCAUUUAGCGACCCAGGCCAUAGUAAUCAGCUGUUAACAUUUGUAACAUGAAGCUUUUGCCAAAA